CUCAAUACUCACUCCCCCCCCACCGCCCACAAAUAAAAAAGAAACUGUCUUACAAAAAAAAGCAGUGGUGCCACUGGACCCCUACACUUUCUAUGACUACCACUUCUUUAACGCGUUCACUAUUCAGUUUCGGAUUCAACGCGUUUAGCCAAACCGCCCCUACCAGUGAUGACGAAUCUAUUGACAGUCAUAAACACAUCGCCGUUGACAAAGUCCUUCUUCCGACGUGGGAAACCACUAUAAUUGCAAAAGAUGGCGAUCGACUUGAAAUUUGGGGAUGGACACCGGAGAACCAAGACAAUGAACUGAAACUAUGGGAUAACAGAGCUAUCAAACGCAUCUUUGGCCCUAUGGGACAUGGAUGGGUUGGUGUUAUAGAUCAGGGUGGUUCUGUAUGGCAUUAUUAUUUCGGCUCUAAAGACGGCGCCGGCGCUUCCAAGAAGCUGCUCACGACAAGUGCCAAGGAUGCUGACUAUUGCGAGAGUCAUGAUGCGAUAUACGUGCUUACAGAAAAUGGUUACGUUGAUUGCUAUCAGAAACAGAAAGAGGACAGCACCACGUUUAGUACUGCUAGCAGACUCACUCAUCUUCCACAAAUACAAGCCAUGGCCGUUUCAUUUUCUCAUAUACUCUUCUAUACCACAGAAGGAUUUAACCCGAUCUAUGCGCUGGGAUCCAACCGAUAUUCUCAACUUGGAUUUGAUACAACAAUACAAGGCGAAGAUGAUGCGUGUGUUCCAAUCGAUUUUUUCAGCGGAAUAAUCGCUCAAAGCGCUAGUAUUGCUUGUAGUCCAUUCCAUUCUGCGGUUGUAUUGGACGGUGAGCUAUACACUUUUGGCUGGCGAAAAGGCGGUCGUCUAGGUUGGGGAUCAGGAAGCAAGGAUAAUGAUGGUCAUGGCGGCGGCGACGACAAUGACGACGACGUAAUUCGAUUGGCAGACUUUAGAGAUGACAACAAUGAAACUGCUGAAGUGCAUGUUGUAAAGGUUGUAUGCGGAGCAAACCAUACGAUGGCAUUGGACGAUCACGGGAGAAUAUGGACAUGCGGGAGCAUACAAACAACUAGGUCGAACUACAUCUACUGAUACCAUGGAUUCCCCAUACGACGACGUGUUUCGACUAUGCACAGCCUACAGUGGGUUAGCUGUCGACUGCUAUGCCGGACGCUGGAAUUCGUUUG